CCGUAAGUCGGGCGGCCGCGUAGUUGCUGCAGCCACUGCCGCCGCCGCCGCCGCCACAUUCAACAGGCAGCUGCGCUGCGGUCGCGCGGCCGCUGAGUCCCGAGCGGCCGGCGCCGUCCGUCCUUCCACCCGCAGGUUCCUGUCAACAGGGACGCGGCACCCGCGCUGCCGGGCCCCGCGGCUCCGGCCUGCCGUCCAGUCGGCGCAGCAAACCCGGAGGACCCUGGAUGUUGAUGGACCCGCGAAGUUAAGUUCUGGGCUCGUCCUUCCACUCCGCCGCGCCUUCUGCUGAGCUGCGUCCGCUCGCGGCACCGAUCUUGGCUUCCCCCGAAUCUCGGACCGACUCUUUCCCUUCCAGCCUCCUCUUUUAGGGCUGCGUCUCCCCCUUCUUGGCUCUCCGGCGGCUGGGGGAGGGGCGGGGGGUCACCAUGGCCGAAGCGCCCCAGGUGGUGGAGAUCGACCCGGACUUCGAGCCGCUGCCCCGGCCGCGCUCGUGCACCUGGCCGCUGCCCAGGCCGGAGUUUAGCCAGUCCAACUCGGCCACCUCCAGUCCGGCGCCGUCGGGCGGCGCGGCCGCCAACCCCGACGCCCCAGUGGGCUUGCCCUCGGCUUCCGCGGCCGCUGUCAGCCCCGACUUCAUGAGCAACCUGAGCUUGCUGGAGGAGAGCGAGGACUUCCCGCAGGCGCCCGGCUCCGUGGCGGCGGCGGUGGCGGCGGCCGCAGCUGUCGCCAGCGGGGGCUUGUGCGGGGACUUCCAGGGACCGGAGGCGGGCUGCUUACACCCGGCGCCGCCACAGCCCCCACCGCCCGGGCCGCUGCCGCAGCACCCGCCGGUGCCACCCGCCGCCGGGCCACUCGCAGGACAGCCGCGCAAGAGCAGUUCGUCCCGCCGCAACGCGUGGGGGAAUCUGUCCUACGCCGACCUCAUCACCAAGGCCAUCGAGAGUUCGGCUGAGAAGAGGCUCACGCUGUCGCAGAUCUACGAGUGGAUGGUCAAGAGCGUGCCCUACUUCAAGGAUAAGGGCGACAGCAACAGUUCGGCGGGCUGGAAGAAUUCAAUUCGCCAUAACCUGUCUCUACACAGCAAGUUCAUUCGUGUGCAGAAUGAAGGAACUGGAAAAAGUUCUUGGUGGAUGCUUAAUCCGGAGGGAGGCAAGAGUGGAAAAUCCCCCAGGAGAAGAGCUGCAUCCAUGGACAACAACAGUAAAUUCGCAAAGAGCCGGGGCCGAGCUGCCAAGAAAAAAGCUUCUCUUCAAUCUGGCCAGGAGGGUGCUGGGGACAGUCCUGGGUCUCAGUUUUCCAAAUGGCCUGCGAGCCCUGGCUCGCAUAGCAACGAUGACUUUGACAACUGGAGCACAUUUCGCCCUCGCACAAGCUCCAAUGCAAGUACUAUCAGCGGGAGGCUCUCGCCCAUCAUGACGGAGCAGGAUGAUCUGGGAGAGGGCGAUGUACAUUCUCUGGUGUACCCACCAUCCACAGCAAAGAUGGCUUCCACCCUCCCCAGCCUGUCUGAGAUCAGCAAUCCUGAAAACAUGGAAAACCUGCUGGAUAAUCUCAAUCUUCUCUCCUCGCCAACGUCAUUAAACGUUUCCACCCAGUCUUCACCCGGCGGCAUGAUGCAACAGACACCAUGCUACUCCUUUGCGCCACCCAAUACCAGUCUGAAUUCACCCAGUCCAAACUACCAAAAAUACACGUAUGGCCAAUCCAGCAUGAGCCCUUUGCCCCAGAUGCCUAUGCAAACGCUUCAGGACAGCAAAUCAACUUAUGGAGGAUUGAAUCAGUUUAACUGUGCACCGGGACUCUUGAAGGAGUUACUUACUUCUGACUCUCCUCCCCAUAAUGACAUGAUGUCCCCCGUUGAUCCUGGGGUAGCCCAACCCAACAGCCGGGUCCUGGCUCAGAAUGUGAUGAUGGGCCCUAAUUCAGUCAUGUCAGCCUAUGGCAACCAGGCAUCACAUAACAAAAUGAUGAAUCCCACUUCCCACACCCACCCUGGCCACGGCCAGCAAACAUCUGCAGUCAAUGGGCGGGCCUUGCCUCACACAGUGAGCACCAUGCCUCACGCCUCGGGUCUGAACCGGCUGACCCCAUUGAAGACACCAUUACAAGUGCCUCUGCCUCACCACAUGCAGAUGAGUGCCCUGGGUGGCUACUCCUCAGUGAGCAGCUGCAACGGCUAUGGCAGGACCGGGGUCCUCCACCAGGAGAAGCUCCCAAGUGACCUGGACGGCAUGUUUAUUGAGCGCUUGGACUGCGACAUGGAGUCCAUCAUUCGGAAUGACCUCAUGGAUGGAGAUACUUUGGAUUUUAACUUUGACAAUGUCUUGCCUAACCAAAGCUUCCCGCACGUCAAGACUACAACACACAGUUGGGUGUCAGGCUAAGAGUUUAGUGAGCAGGCUAUACCUUAAAGUACUUCAAAUUGUCGUGACAGCAAGAACUGAAGAGAAGCAGUCCAAAGAUGUCUUCUACACCCCUCCUUUUAGUGUUCUUGAUUCAAAAAAGGAAAAAAAAAAAGAGAGAUCCUUUCUUUCUUUUUUUUCCCCUUUCGUCAGACUUGGCAACGAAGAUACUUUUCCUGUACAGGAUGUUUGCCCAAGGUUUGCAGGUUAUGUGCUGCUGUAGAUAAGGACUGUGCCAUUGGAAAUUUCAUUACAAUGAAGUGCCAAACUCACUACACCGUAGAAUUGCAGAAAAGACUUUCAGAUCCUGGUGUGUUUUUUCCAGUUUUGUAUAUAAAUGGUAGAUGAUACAGAGUUGUAUUUGUGUGUGUGUGUGUAUGUGUGUGUGUGUGUGUGUGUGUAUGUGUGUGUGUGUGUUUUUUUAAUAUCCAUUUGGUCCAAGGAAAGUUUAUACUUUUUGUAAUACUGUGAUGGGUCUCAUGUCUUGCUAAGUUAAACUCUGGUUUGUACUACCUGUGUUCUGCUGAAGUAAGGAAUCACAAAGAACUGAGAUCUCCAUUCUGCACCUCACUGAAUGGCUCUGGACCUGUUCGCAUUGCCACAGGACUCACAUGAGAACCACGUAGCCUGUUAAUCAAUCUGCUGAAUUAAAGGACUUGUCAAACUUCUUUUUUUUUGGGGGUGGGGUGGGGAAUGAUUCAUGCCAGCCUUGUACAGGUCUUUUCUAAUUUUUUUUGUUGUUGGUUGUUUUGUUAUUUGCAAAUUUGUACAAACACUUAAAAUGGUUCUAAUUUCCAGAUAAAUGAUUUUUUGAUGUUAUUGUUGGGACUUGAGAUCAUUUUUGGAAUAGAUACUGAAUUGUAAUGUUUUUCUUAAAACUAGGGUCUACUUUGUUACAUUGUCUGCUUGUAAAUUUGUGGAAACAAGUAUCUGGGGACAGCAUUCAUAUUUUGCUUUUUUUGUAUUUCUAACUGGAUUAGUACUAAUUUUUAUAUGUGCUUAACUGGUUUGUAUACUUUGGGAUGCUACUUGGUGAUGUUUCUGACUAAUCUUAAAAAUCAUUGUAAUUAGUACUUGGAUACUCAACGUUUCUGGCCUUGUUUGGGCAGGAAAGUGAUGUAUAGUUAUGGAUACUUUGAGUUUCAUACUUAGAAGAGCUAAAUGCGUUUUUUAUGUAUGUAUUUUAAAGACUUUUCACCUGCUCUCCUACCCUGUGAUCUGUGUACACUGCAUACAUAGUGUCAGGUUUUCUGAUGCCUGUGUGUGUUGCAUUGUUGUUCCCCGGAGGCCUCAUCAUGUUUGUAGAUUAGGAAUGGCAGGAGACUGGCAUAUCUCAAACUCCCUUUGUUUAACUGGAGGUUUUGGUCAGCUUAGUGGACCUUCACUAAAAGUUUCCCUCAUAUCUCUGCGCUCUGAUUUCGGUUCAGACAGAGAUUGUUUUGUAGCUCUGCCCUGAGAAAUCAUGUCAGUCCUCAGAUUCCAGCCCUCUCCCCUCUGCCCUGAAAAGCUGGAAGGAGAUUUAAAAGCAGGAUUUCAGUGAUUUGUGGAGUACUUUUUAAGGAUAGAUGGCUACCAAGUGGAAUAGAACUGGUUUCAAAAUGGGGGCUUAAAUCAAGGAUUUGUGAAUUUCUUAGGCUUUUAGCAGUCAGGAACAAUAAUUAUGACUUUGGUACUUCAUGGUUACCUGUAACUGACAGCUGGGUUUAUUGGCUUUAUCUCUGGACUCCAUCCAUUAGUGUUCCCAAGUCCUGUGGAAUGCUCAAUGUCAUGACUUUGAGAAGAACAGGUCUGCAGCAGUGUUGCUGUUGCCUUCUUUAGGUAGUCUCUGACUUGUGUGCACACUGCUCAUGCCAGCCUGGCUCUUUCUUGAUGGCAGUUGUGCCUCAGUUGACUUGUUCCCUACAUGUUAAAAAAAACACAAGUGUUCCUGAUAAAGUUCCCACAACAGGACAGCUCUGCCACUAGCUUCCCCUGUGACUUUUCCUGUUGCAGACAUUUAUUGAGUAGCCAUGUUUUAACAAUCAUCAAGGCUCAUUUUUAGAAACCUUGAUUCCCCGAGCAGCGCCUCCUGCCCAUGGAAUAGAACGUGUUGAUGGAGAGAACCUGUACGCUCUCUUCUCUUCCCAGGUAUUUGCACUUUUCUCCCUCCCACACCAUGGCUUCUUCAGUACAGAAUGAACCUCGGGGCCCCUGCUCUACCACCACACAGGCAAACCACAGCCAAAGUCAUUUGAUUACUUAAUAGAGUGACUUGGAAGAUGCCCCACCUCCAUUUGCUUUGUGUUGAAAUCGUGGAUAGUAAUCAGGGGUUCAGUGAAGUCCAGUGAAUGUUGCCUUGUCUCUCUUUUCUUGAAAGCAAAUAUCAUGGGGUCUCUGGGAGUUCUUUUGCUAUAAAGAAUACUGACUUUCGGGAGUAAUUAGUAUAUUACUGUACAUGAUUGCUUUGUGAAAUGUGCAAAUGAUAUCACCUAUGCAGCCUUGUUUGAUUUAUUUCCUCUGGUUUGUACUGUUAUUAAAAAACAUACUGUAUUAUAGAGCUAUUCAGAUAUUUUAAAUAUAAAGAUGUAUUGUUUCCGUAAUAUAGAUGUAUGGAAUAUAUUUAGGUAAUAGAUGCAUUACAUGGAAAGUUUUGCUUUGACAAACUGACAAACAUCUAGGUCAAUUAGUAAAUGUUGUGACCCAGUGAGCUGUAAAUUGAUGGAAUGCACCAAGAAGAGGAUAAGGACAAGAAAAUGGAAACCAAUCUCCGAAAGGUGUACAAUUUGAACUUGCUCAACUGCUUGGAUAUAUAUGACAGUGCUCUCUUCCCCAUCCUCUUCACUCCGCUCCCCACACAGAAACAACUUGAAUUUCUUAGUUUCAGCUCUUCAGAAUUUCUAAUUUAUAACUGAGUUUUAAAGGAGGAGUUUCUCUUGUGGUUUGAGUUGGGGAGUAAUCUUUCAGUAAAAAGUGUGGUGUUUUUUUUUUUUUUUUGUUUUGUUUUUCAAACAAAGUAGCCUCGAUCCCUCCUGGUGGGGGGCGGGGGUGGGGGGAGGCACAGCUUGGCACCGGGGCCAGUGAUGGCCUCCUAAGUCUUAUCAGGGUAGAGUCAUGCCCUCCCGAGUUUCACCACCAAGAGUAGUAACAGUGAGGAUUCCACAUCCCUGCCCAAUACUCUCUGAGAAGUGCCUGAUGAUGCUGAUGUGCUUAACAGACACAAGAACAAUCCUUGCUAUAAUUGUAUAAAGCCAUAAAUGUACAUAAAUUAUCUUUAAAUGCU